CGCGCCCACUCUCUGUCCGAGUCGCGCCAAGCUCUUCCUCUUCGACACGUUGCUUCAACUGCAAUCGCUCCUCCUGUUGAUGCACAUGGGCCAGAUGGCUUUGCCGUGAAUCUCAACAUCACUUUCUUCUACACUCGCUCCAUCCCCUUUCCAUUUUUUCACAUACUCGGGCCACUUGGUCAUUUAUCUUCUUCUUUUCUUGGGCCUCAGGCAUUAUCAACUUUUCCAUACCGGAGCCAUCCGUCCGCCUCAAUUCUUUGACCACAUUUCCAUCCAGCGAUCUCCCAGGAUUCUCAACGACACAUUUCUGGUUCAGCAAUUGAGAGGCCCUAGCCUUACGCUUCAACUCCUCGUGUCCACUGCUGACACUAUCUUUUCACCAUCAAUUACACAAUGGCAGCUGCCAAUGCCGGCUACACCACCGGUGCUGGCAGGAAUGAGGCCGACUUGCGUCGAAGAAAUGUUGCCAGCUAUGAAGACACAAAUGGUCAGCAUGUCUACAAGUUAGAGGCAGAGGACAAGAAGAAGGUUACAAAGCCCAACACUGGCGUCCUCGCUACGCUGGACGAGUGGGAGUUUAUUAUUGCCCCAGUCAUAUUCACAAUGUUCGCCCUGUUUACAAGGUUGUGGAAGAUCGGACUGUCUCCAAUUGUGACUUGGGAUGAAGCUCAUUUCGGUAAAUUCGGCUCCCACUACCUCAAGCGCGAGUUCUACUUCGAUGUGCACCCCCCUCUGGGCAAGAUGCUAGUGGGCUUGUCAGGCUAUCUUGCUGGUUACAACGGGUCUUUUGAGUUCAAGUCCGGUGAGACUUAUCCGGCCCACCUCAACUACACCUUUAUGCGCGUUUUCAAUGCCCUGUUUGGCGUAGUCACAAUUCCCCUAGCAUAUUUCACCGCCCGAGAACUGCGCCUCAGCCGACCAACUGUCUGGCUCGUCACCUUGAUGGUCCUAUGCGAGAACUCGUACGCGACAAUCUCACGCUUCAUCCUCCUCGACUCCAUGCUCCUGUGCUUCACCUUCACCACAGUUGCAUGUUGGGCAAAAUUCCACCGUCUUCAGAACAAGAGCUUUUCGGUGGAAUGGUUCGUCUGGCUGAUCCUGACGGGACUCAGCAUUGGCUGCGUCUGCAGUGUCAAAUGGGUUGGUUUCUUUGUCACGUCGCUGGUUGGCCUUUACACUGCGCAGGAUUUGUGGAACAAGUUUGGCGACCUCAAAAUGCCCAAGUUGGAGUUGGCUAGCCACGUGGUUGCCCGGGUAGUUGGCUUGAUUGUCAUUCCGCUCCUCGUCUACAUGUUUUCUUUCUACAUCCACUUUCUGAUCCUCGAAAACUCGGGGCCGGGCGAUGCUCAGAUGUCUUCCUUGUUUCAAGCCAAUCUCCGCGGCACCGAGGUCGGCAAGGACUCGCCACUCGAAUUGGCCUUGGGCUCCAAGGUCACGCUCAAGAACAUGGGAUACGGCGGGGGCUUGUUACAUUCUCACGUUCAAACAUACCCCGAGGGGAGCGGCCAGCAGCAAAUCACUUGUUAUCACCACAAGGAUGCAAACAAUGACUGGUUCCUGUGGCCCAACCGCAGCCAACUCAUCUUUGACCCGGAAGCGCCUUUGAGCUAUGUCCGGGACAAGCAAGUCAUUCGACUAAUUCAUGCACAGACUGGACGGAAUCUCCAUUCACAUGCGGUUGCUGCUCCCGUGACCAAGGCCGACUAUGAAGUAUCAUGCUAUGGCAACACGACAGUGGGUGAUGAGAAGGAUCAUUGGCAGAUUGAGGUUGUCAGUGACGCCAUGUCGUCGGAUCGGUCUCGCAUCAGAACAUUGGCUACCAGCUUCCGCUUGAAGCAUGUAGAGCUUGGAUGUUACCUCCGGGCUGGGACGGUCAAUCUACCACAAUGGGGCUUCAAGCAGAUUGAAACAACUUGUGUGAAGAAGCCCAGUUCGCGUGAUGUGUAUACACAUUGGAAUGUCGAGUCUCACAUCAAUGAACGCUUGCCCCCAGGAGAAGCCAAGAAUUACCGGUCGCCAUUUUUCAAAGAUUUUAUUCAUCUCAACGUGGCGAUGAUGACGUCCAACAAUGCGCUGGUACCGGAUCCUGACAAACAAGACGACCUUGCCUCGAAAUUUUGGCAAUGGCCGAUCCUGCACGUUGGCCUGCGAAUGUGUUCGUGGGACGAUGCUGUGACCAAGUACUUCCUGUUGGGCAACCCGCUGGUGUACUGGGGGUCUACGGCGUCGAUUGGUGUGAUUGGCCUGAUUGUGUUGUGGCACUUGAUCCGAUGGCAGAGAGGCUACAACGAGCUCAAGCAGUCGGACAUUGACCAUAUUCUUUAUGCAGGCAUCUAUCCUGCGGUGGGCUGGGUAUUACAUUAUCUCCCCUUUGUGAUUAUGGGACGAGUGACAUAUGUGCACCAUUAUUACCCAGCGCUGUACUUUGCAAUUCUUGUGGCCGGGUUUUCGGUUGACUGGACCACACAACGGUUGAACAAAAAGGUCCGGUGGGGAUUUUAUUUUGUUCUCUAUGCCGCGGUGAUUGGGCUAUUUGUCCUGUUCAGCCCCAUCGUGUUUGGGAUGCAAGGAAGCAACCGCCAAUACGCCUAUCUCAAGUGGUUCAGCCGAUGGAGAAUCUCUGAUGCUUGACCGGUGAAAGGCACGUGACAAGGUCUCCUGGGUGCAGCCCUGCAGAGCCCAAAAGGAACUGACCUAAAUCAAGUCGGAGUAUCACCAUAACAGAGCAUCGACCUUGAUGGGUGAUGGUUUGGGUGAUGGUUGCGAGGAUGGAUACGCUAGCAUUGGGCAUUGAUCCAUGGACAGUGAAAUGGGGAGGGGAGUGGUGAAGACGAUGCGUGUGAGAUGAAACAGAUGAUUCUCAUAUAAUGCUGUACUACGAUUGACACAGUAUCCUGGCGUUAUCACAUGGCGGGUAUUGAAAAAAAAAAGCAUUUGGACUGAAAGAAUGAUAGUUCCGCGUGGCCAUGAAUCCCCUUUAUGCCCUGUGUGUGUUUGGUGUGUAUCUAUGCAUCGAGAGGACUGCACGAACGGUCCAGGAUGCUGCAGAGUAGAACCAGGCUGUUGAGACUAAGGAUACCGUUAACAAUUACAUGGCUGGCUUGAUGUAGUAGAAAAAUGACAGGUCA